AUGUCACAUACUCAAAACAUGUUUAGAGUUGGAGAUUACGUAUACUUCGAAACACCGGAAAACGCUCCAUAUCAGAUUCGUAGAAUAGAAGACUUAAAUAAGACUUCAUCUGGACAGGUUGAAGCUCGUGUCACCCUCUACUAUCGUCGUCGGGAUAUCUCGUCGGCUCUUCUGAAGAUUGCUGAUCAAGCUGAACGAAGAUUUGAUGAGUGUUUAGAUUACGAGGAAGAUAAGCCGAAACCCGAAAAAUUUGGAUCUGCAGGUCAUACUGUGGCGAACGGAGCCGACGUGAAGAUAGACGAGAUCUUAGCGGUUGGUCACAAAAGUAGCGCGAGAGAUGAGGACGAACAACUUGAUAACCGUUUUGAAUGGGGAUCGGCCGGGCUACCGUUGGGUGUCGAGAGACUCAGUGAUUCAAUGCGACAUAGAAUGAGGCAAAGAGAACUUUUCUUGUCUCGGCGAAUCGAAACACUCCCAGCCACUCUUAUUCGUGGUAAAUGCCAGGUUACGUUGCUUAGUGAAGUUGAAACCGUCUCAAGUUAUGAAGGCGAGGACAAGUUCUUUUAUUCUCUGGUGUACGAUCCUUGCCAAAUGACAUUACUCGCCGAUAAGGGGGCCAUUCGUGUGGGUGAGAAGUACCAGGCUGAAGUACCCGAAUCGAUGGAGUGCGAUGAUAGAAAGGAGAACGGAGACGGAGACGAGCUGUUCAUAGAUGAUGAGGAACGUAGUGGUAGCGAAGGACGAACGUCAUGUCAUGCACCAGUAGAGACAGAGCGAGAAGUUCUAGUUUAUCAUCCUCAUCACUCGCUUACUGAUAGAGAUAUGGACCAAGCCGUUGGAACGUUUUCACGCGCUCUUGACACUUCCUCAUCCACGAAAUUGCCUUCUCUUCAUAUGACGGCUGCUGCAGCUUCACGUGAUGUUACUCUUUUACACGCUAUGGCACUACUUCAUCAAGCUGGAUACGAUAUUGGCCAGGCUGUCAAGUAUCUUGUUCCUCCGCCAAACAAAAACUAUUAUCCUUUGGAAGCGGAUAAGGCAACUGGUCACAACACUGUCAGUUUAGGUGGCCCAAUAUUGUGCAGAGAUCAGAUAGAAGAGUGGUCAGCCGCUGAAGCAAAUCUAUUCGAAGACGCGCUUGAGAAAUAUGGGAAAGAUUUCUCUGAUGUACGAGUUGAUUUUCUCCCUUGGAAGUCAGCGCGAGACAUAGUGGAGUAUUACUAUAUGUGGAAAACAACGAAUAGAUAUGUCGAGCAAAAGAAGAAAAAAAACGCAGAACAUGAAAGCAAGCUUAAACAGGUUUAUAUUCCAAAUCACGGAAAAACAACUGGUCCACCAGUACGCGGAUGUGACCCAUGCGAAGGUUGCAAGGUUACGGACAGCAGUUUGUGGCACGCAUGGGGACCGACGAAUUUACAGCUACGUCUCUGUCAAGAGUGUUGGAUUUACUGGAAAAAAUAUGGAGGGUUGAAGGAACGUCAUGAAUAUGAUGGAUUCGAUAUGAAUUCUUCGGCAAAUGAUGAAACUGCUGCAGGUACUCAAGAAAAUGCCAAACCCAUAUUAAAUAAUGUGAACCCACUCGCAAUCAAUAAGAGUUCCUCAGCAGCUCAGGCUCAACACCAUCAACAGCAGCAGCAAGCGCUGAAACGGCCAGCUAGUACGACAGUGAGCUCGGAGCCAGGUGCGAAACGUGAGAAAUUGCAGGUAGGGGCUGUCGCGAUUGCUGCUGCUGCUCCCAGUCCCUCCGCUUCUGCUAUGCUAUCCCCGAAGCCAGGCAAGUGGGAUUCGGUUUGGCGGUGGCAGCCUGGAGGCCAGUUCGUUUUUCUCGCUGGACCGCUAUUUAGACGCAAGCGAGCUGAGCUGUUACCACGGGAAACACUUGGUCAUCAGAUCGGACGACGAGUUCUCAUUGCUAAGGAGAAUGAUGCUCGGGUCUCAAAUCAUGUUAAGGUGCUCAUGCAGUUUCUCCCACCGAUGCCGUCAGAAAAUCCACCUCGUCGACUUCCGCCACAUCAGGCAGAGCAUGUCGAGUCUUCGUCAUCGAUCGCCGGCAUCGCUAUGGACCCAGCUGUAGCUAGAUUUGCUAUGCACUGUACAGCAGGAACAGGAAUAUGA